GCAAGCCCUGUCGUCCGAGAGCCUAGAGAGCAGCCGGGUGGGCUGAGGGGGCGGCGGCAGCGUUGGAGCCGGGGAAGUUUGGGAGACGUGGCCCCAUCUGCGAUCCUGAGCACCCCUCAAGCUCCGAGGACCGCGGGGGCAGGCGGACCCGCUUCCCGACGCCCCCGGGCCCGCAGCCGUCAUCUCGUGUCCUCUUAGCUGGUAAGGGGGCUUCUAUCUGGAAAGGGAGGUAUUUAAGCAUCUAAAAUGUCAUCUGUGAAGCCCCUAGUUUAUGCAGUUAUUCGUUUCUUGCGGGAGCAAAGCCAGAUGGAUGCUUACACUUCUGAUGAACAAGAAAGUUUGGAAGUUGCAAUCCAGUGUUUGGAGACCGUCUUUAAGAUCAGUCCCGAAGAUACACAUCUGGCCGUUUCACAGCCUUUGACAGAAAUGUUCACCAACUCCGUCUGUAAGAAUGACGUACGGCCGCUUUCUAACUCAGUGCCCGAAGACGUGGGAAAGGCCGACCAGCUGAAGGAUGAAGGCAAUAACCACAUGAAAGAAGAAAACUACGCGGCCGCGGUGGACUGUUACACGCAGGCAAUAGAACUGGAUCCGAACAAUGCCGUUUAUUAUUGUAACAGGGCGGCCGCUCAAAGCAAAUUAAGUCACUACACAGAUGCAAUCAAGGACUGUGAGAAAGCCAUCGCAAUUGAUUCAAAAUACAGCAAGGCCUACGGAAGGAUGGGGCUAGCCCUCACCGCCAUGAAUAAGUUUGAAGAGGCAGUUACAAGCUACCAGAAGGCACUGGAUCUUGAUCCUGAAAACGACUCCUAUAAGUCAAAUCUGAAAAUAGCAGAGCAGAAGUUAAGAGAGGUAUCUAGUCCUACAGGAACUGGGUUGACCUUUGACAUGGCCAGCUUGAUAAAUAACCCGGCCUUCAUCACCAUGGCUGCAAGUUUGAUGCAGAACCCUCAAGUUCAGCAGCUGAUGUCAGGGAUGAUGACAAAUGCCAUCGGAGGACCUGCUGCUGGAGUUGGAGGCCUAACAGACCUGUCUAGCCUUAUCCAAGCGGGGCAGCAGUUUGCGCAGCAGAUACAGCAACAGAAUCCUGAACUCAUAGAGCAGCUGAGAAAUCACAUCCGGAGCAGAUCCUUCAGCAGCAGCACUGACGAACACUCCUGACUUGACCAGGACCCUCGCCCCAGUACAAACAUCCCGACAUGUACACUUGUAGAUAAUAGCCAAAAACAAAGUAACAAAAACCACCCUGUACAAUGUCUGAAAAUAACGAGGAAAGUCUCCUGUGUAAACCUGAGAACAUACAUCUGUUUAGGUAAUAGUUUAUCACAAGCAGACUUGAACAUAAUACAGACUCCUCUGGAAAGAAAUGGUCAGUAACCUUGUUAAGGGCAAAUACAGCCUUGGGACAAGGGUCCAUCCAUUUUAAAACUUUUAUCAUCCUAUUUGUAUAUUAGACUUAGCACAGAGUAUAUUUAUUGAAUAGAGGGCUAUUUAUUGGAAAGUUCUUUAGCCACAGGUUUCCCUAGGCAGUGGUUUUGAGUGGGGUGAUGCUGGUUUAGAAGACAUGUGCUUGGUAGCACGUCGGGAGAGAAGCACUGGCGUGUGCUACCGUCAGUGACACGUGUCUGUCCAAAGGGAUUCUUUGGAGAUACUGUGAAUGUACAGAAGCAAAGGUAGUAUGCUCAGGUUUUCCGCAUAGGUUUUUUUAACUAAUCUUGUCUGUAGCUUCGUGUUGCUAGCAUUCGCAUGGCCAGUUAAGUACAUAAUGAAACGUACUUAGAAAUCCUUAAUGACACCGGUCAGGUCGGUGACACGGCUGCUCCGUUUAACUAUCACAGCUUUACCGGUCACAAUUUCAUUUCUGGUAAGCUUACCGGGAGCAGUAUCUAGUUACAUUUAAAGAAGCCACUGACAUGCCCAGAUUAUGGGUUUCCUAAGUGGAAUUUAAUUAUGUGCCCAUCAAUGAUGAUGACGAUUAUUAUUUUUUACUUUACCAUUAUUCGAUGGCUAACAAAAGCAUCUGUCUCUAACACUGCUCCUUUGUGUACUCCUUCGGGGCAGUUGGCUUGGCAUGCCAGUCUUACACUUCACUUCACUUUGUUGCAAUUUAAACAUAACAGGAGACUUGAAAUACCUUAUUUAAAGUCGGAUGCCACACAUCUGGCAUGCGGUUAGUAGGGAGAAAUGGCGCGAGAGAUGCAUGGCGGGACUCUCGGUGCACUGACGGAUGAGAAAGCUCAUUCCAAACGGAACUGGCUUCCUAACCAAAAACGUGAUCGAAUGGGGCUGGUGUGUAAUGACAAGUGCUGAGCGAAAGGUGAGGAAUGAAGCAACUUAAAAUUAAUGAGGGGAUGGUGCCUUCCCACACUGUUCCCAAAGCUGCUGUGUGUUUAGUAUCUUGAGGUUUCAAAACUAACCUUUCCUUCCUUUGCCUUUUCUGAGACAGUGGUCCUGUAAUUCCACUAUAAAUAUCAAGUGAGGGGAAUUAAUUCCAAAUUCUGGUUAAUGGUCAUAUCAUCAUGUUUGGCUUAAAUCACCAUUUUAGACAGUACACUGUGCAGUUAGGAUUCAACUAUAGAUUAAGAGAAGGCCAGAGGUCUCCUUCAGAUAGCCCUGGGCCUGUGGGACAAACGAGAAACACAGUUCUAGUGGAGAACAGGGCUUACGUAGGAGGGCCUGACAUUGAACUGUGCCGUGCGAGCUGUUCCACUCAGCACCUAGUGUUCUUUACAGAGAAGAGCACUCAUUGGUUGCAUAAAAGUAGAGAUCAAAGAAAA